AUUUAUACUUUAUAGUGGCGGCAAAAGGUCUAGAGCGUCAGCCUUGAAAGUGACGCUUCAACUAAUGUUCAGAGGAAAAAUAAUAUAAGUCACCAAAUUUGAGCAAUUUUAAGAAAAGUUGCAACUGCAAAAUGGAAAGAAUGUCUGAUAACUGCAUAUCAGAAAAAAUUAAGAAUGUGAAAACGUUGCCGGAAGAAGUGCAGGCAAAUGAAAAACCACAAGAACAACCAUCAGAUAUUCCAUGUGCCGUUAAUGUAGAUGGAGAGGAUGAUUCUUUGCCAGAUGUCGUGCUUAUACCAUAUAAAGAUAUAUGCAGAGCUACUGGCAAUUUUGACAAGACUCGUGUUUUGGGAAGAGGUUGUUUUGGAACUGUUUACAAAGGAGAUUGGAAAGGCAUAUCUGUGGCUAUUAAAAGACUCACACCUAGGGAGAGUUCUGAUAGCCCAUCUCAGCAGUUAACAAGCAUCAAGCAAUCCCUGAAUGAACUUAAUAUUUUUAAAUGUUGCCAUUAUGAUCAUAUAUUACCCUUGUAUGCUGUAUCUUUGGAUGGUGCAAAUCUUUGUUUAAUGUACCAACUUAUGGUUAAUGGCUCUUUAGAAGAUAGGCUGCUAUGUAAGAACAAUACUGCACCCUUAACAUGGUCUCAGAGGAGUCACAUAGCAGAAUUCAUAGCUAAAGGCUUGAAUUAUUUGCAAACUAAUCCAAGAAAACCUAUUAUUCAUGGUAAUAUAAAAAGUGCAAAUAUAUUCUUGGAGGCAAAUAUGGAUGCAAGAAUUGGAGAUUUUGGCCUCACUAGGGAAGGCCCUGGUUGUGAUGAUACAAAUGUGAAAGAAACAAAUUUACAGGGAACUGAAUGCUACUUGCCACCAGAAUAUUUACAACACAGGCAGUUGUCUCCUCAAGUAGACAUAUACAGCUAUGGCAUUGUUUUACUAGAAAUUGCAACUGGUUUAAGACCCUUUGAUCUGGAAAGAGGUGAUACUAAACUAUUGGUGGAUCAUGUUAGGAUAUGUAAUGAUGCUGGACAUCUGGACACACUGCGCGAUACAAAAGCAGGAGAAGAGAACAUGAUAUGGUUUAGAGAACUCAUACAAAUUGGUCAAAAAUGCAGCAGUAGUGAUAAAGAGAAACGACCACCCAUGCAAGAGGUUUUGCUUCAAUUUGCUAAAAUUAAAAAGGAAAUGUCAGUGGUAGACAAAACAAGACGAUUGUCUGAUGACAAGGGAAGCGAUGCAAAAGCCUUCAAAUUGAAUACAGAAAUGCAUUUGAGUGGGCAAAGUGAAGUUUCAGAGUCUAAUAAAUUAAGUACUUCUCCACAAAACAAUGGAAUAGCUGAUGAUAGCCCAGUAGUAGUGGAUCCAGCGAAUGCUUUGAAAUCUACAUCUCCAAAAGUUAAUGAGUCAAGCUCUGAAACGGGGGAUUCUGAAGAUACCUGUGAUUCGUCUGAAUAUAGUGAAAGUCAAACUGAAGUUGUUGAUAAUACAGCUUCCUCAAAACCGUUUUGGAUGAUAAAACUCCUGCAGAUGAAAAAGUGGUUUUUCCUUUGGUAAUAUUGCUUCAGUUGCAUGUGUCUGAAUCUAACAAUACAUCAGAGGAACUUAUUGCUGAAAAAUGCUCAUCAGGUGUCACCAGUAAUAUUAAUAUUAAUAAAAGUGUACUUAUUAAAGAAAA